CCCACUUUCCGUUGUCCAGAUCACGAAAACGUUUUACGAAGUGGGAGGAGGAUGGAAAUAAAACUUGAUGGAAAGAAAGCUUUAGUGACAGGAGCCGGGAAAGGGAUUGGUCGUGCCAUAGCUAAGAAAUUGGUUGAAUGUGGUGCUGAGACUUAUGCUCUUAGCCGAACACAGGCAGAUCUUGACACUUUAAAAAAAGAGGUACCCUCAAUGCAUGUGAUCCAAAUUGACUUACAAGAAUGGGAUAAAUCAAGGGAGACAAUUGCUAAGAUAGGACCAGUUGAUUUAUUAGUCAAUAAUGCUGGUGUAUCUAAAUUGGCUAAGUUUACAGAAAUGAAAAAAGAAGAUUUGAAUUAUGUGAUGGAUGUCAAUUUCAAUGCUGUUUUCAAUGUAUCACAGGUAGUAGCCAAAGCAAUGGUGGAGAGAGGAGAAGGAGGAAGCAUAAUUAACAUAUCAAGUGCUGCCUCACAAGAUGCUUUGAUGGAUCAUGCAGCAUACUGUCCAAGUAAAGCUGCUGUUGAUAUGCUAACAAAAUGCAUGGCCCUGGAGCUAGGGCCUCAUAAAAUCCGAGUCAAUAGUAUUAACCCAACAGUAACAUGGACAGAUAUGGCAAAAAUGCACUGGAGUGACCCUGCAAAAAGUGAACCAAUGCUGGCUAAGAUACCUUUAGGCAAAUUCAUAGGGGUUGAAGAUGUAGUAAACAGUGUAAUUUUCCUUCUAAGUGAUAAGAGUGCUAUGACGACUGGGGAGUGUGUCAGAAUAGAUGGAGGCUUGGGCGUACACUGAAAUUAGGACUUGCAUAAAUGCUAACAUUAUUAAAGAUCAUUAUAUUCCAGAUAAAAAUAGUAAUUAAGACAAUGAUUCCGUGGUGAAGGAAUGUAGUAAUUAUGACAAUGAUUCAGUGGUGAAGGAGUAUCAGUUACCAUUAUAAAUGAUUAAGAAGGAUUAGUCCAUCAACAAGGACAAAUAUGGACUGUAAAAUGCUUUUCAGAUUGUGAUUUUGUAUAUAAGUUUAAUUCUCUUUGAUUUUAUAGUUAUCUGUAAUUUACAUGAAAACUUCUCUUCAUUCUUACCAGUAGUUAUUGGGGAGAAAGUUGAUAUAGUAAUCAGGUCUCAUCAAGUAAAUAUUUUGAAAUAAUUUGAUCAUGUAUUUGACAAAAGGGAAUUAACAUUGUUGUGCAGGAUCAUGACCAGAAAAAAUAAUAAAGUAUGACAUAACCUUGA